AUGCCUGUAGAAGAUUCAGUCUCUGGAAAUAUGGAGUCAGCACUUGGAGGAGCUGCAGCCAGAUACAACUCAGCUCUUGACAUGACCCUGAAGGCCCUUGUGAGCAUAAACGUUCUUAAACAAGAUCUAAAGAACAAUAAGCAACCUUUUCGUGACAACCUAGAAGAACAAGUUCUUCCUGCGCUACAGAGUUUAUUUACUGCUGUUGUGUCAGAGGAAAUAAAAACUGAGGGAGUCUACAGUCUCAUCCUGAGAUACUUACUCGUGUCCCUGGAAAAAGUUAAUUCUAUGCCGAGUGAUUCUGCUGAGGUACUUGUUACCAUCCUUGAGUCUUGGCAUUGCUGGAGAAAUUCAGAAGGAGAAAGCUUGGUGAAUCGCCUUUUCACGUUGGAGGAAAAUGAAAGAAUGAAUUGUAGAAAAUGCAGAAGGCAGCCAAAUUAUCCAGACCAGAGCUCCUAUGGCAUUGUUAUAGCUGCAGAUUCAAUCAGAAACGUGAAGUGUGCUUUUGGGGAUAUAAAGUUUGUGGAUAUCCUUAAGGCGAUCCGCAUGGGAUACAAAAUGUUAUGUGACAUUAAAACUGGAGGCUGUGGAACGACAAAUGUUGUUCAUCAUGUUAUAAGUAGAUGCCCACCUAUCUUCAUAAUCGUGUUAGAAUGGGAGAAGAGUGAAACUGAAAAAGAGAUAACAGAAACAACAAAGGCUUUGGAGUGGGAGAUAGAUAUCAGCAGGCUGUUCAAAGGCUUAGAACAAAACACUAACUACCGGCUUGUGUCAAUGGUUGGUUAUAGUGAAGAAGAAGGAGAACACAUCUGCAUGGCUUAUGAAAAGAACCGGUGGAUCAAUCUCAGACGUGAGUCUUUAGCAGGAGAGGUUGUUGGUAGCUGGGAGAGUGUGGUUAGAUUCUGUGGAGAAAGGAAGAUUCGGCCAGAGAUUCUGUUUUACGAAGCUGCACCGUCCAUGAUGGACUAACAAGUUUAUCAACAUGGAGAAGACAAUUUGGCUCUGAAAUUUGAUCAUUAGGUU